UCCAGACCAAAGACUGAGACAAGACAAAAUGUUCUCUCUCAGGGGUAUCAUUGCCCUUUUCCUUAUGAUCAACUCAAGUUACGGAUCUGAGAUUAUCAAUGGGAAAGAAGUGAAGCCUCACUCGUUGCCCUACAUGGCUCUGCUGGAGUCAAGCGAACCAGUCUGUGGGGGAAUAUUAAUUGAUCCGAACUGGGUUCUGACUGCUGCACACUGUGAAAGUAUUAAGACUAUUAAGACUGUGUUGCUGGGGGUACACUCCAUCAAGGAGAAGAAGAAUGAACAGCAGUUCAGGCAGAUCCUUAAGGUAUCAAGAAGUAUUCCUCAUCCUUGCUAUGAUAGCAAAGAAAAAAACAACGAUCUCAUGUUGCUCAAGCUGGACAAAGCAGUGCAGCAAACCCAAGGGGUGAAACCUCUAAAGCUGAAUGAACGUGCCAAAGAGCCAGCAGCCGGUUCAGUCUGUAUGGUGGCUGGAUGGGGACAAACCAAAAAAGGCAGAGCUACUUUGUCAGAUGUUUUAAUGUCAGCCAAUGUGACUGUGAUCGACAGAAUGAAAUGCAACUCAAAAAAAUAUUACCAACUUCAUCCAUACAUAACUAAGAACAUGAUAUGUGCUGGGGCCAGUGGUAAAAUCAAAGGUGACACUUGUCAGGGAGAUUCAGGAGGGCCAAUACUGUGCAAUGGAGCUGUAGUUGGUGUCGCGUCUUUCGGUUACAAAUGUGGAAUCAAAAACAAGCCUGGAGUCUACGCUUUCCUUACCGAAGAUCACCUGAAGUGGAUCAACAAGACAAUGAAGACUCCUGCAAAUGAAUAAAGGUUGUUCUUGAGUUGCUGUUUUAUUGUUUAAAACUGUUGUAAUUCAGCCUGCAUUAUGUUAGCAAAAAGCGUAUGUACAAGCACCAAAUGAACAAAUAAAACGCUGAGUUUUUACUUCUCACAGCAAGGCUUGAGCUAUUUCUGAAAACCACUUUAAACGAAUGAAGAGAAAAAUAUUUAUUUUCUUGCUCUGUACUAUCGGAUUAGCCAUUAACAAUCCGAGUAGAUCCUUUUCAGCAGCAAAAAAGGAACUUUUUUAAAUUUUUUACAAUUUUUGUUUAAGGAAGAAGUGUGCCCAAGUU